ACGUAAGGCGUUCCUAUUGGCUGGAAUUGCGGUAGUGUAUGUGCCUGUGUUCCAGGCGGCGUCUCACGAGAUCCGGCGAGUGCAGUGACAGAGCAAAGAGCAAGAUGGCGUCGCCGGGGGGUGAGAUUCAGGCCAGCAUCAAUGGCUCUGUCGGCACUGAAGCAGCUGUUGUUCCUGACCAACAGAAUCCAAACGAGCAGCCGCCACAGCCACCUCCCCCCAAUGCAUGGCAGGUGAUUAAAGGAGUUUUCUUCAGGAUUUUUAUAAUAUGGGCCAUCAGCAGUUGGUUUCGCAGAGGCUCGUCACCCCAGGACACAGCCACAUCCACCGGGGUUGCCCGGCCACCAAGCCGCAAUCUUUUUCCGAGAGACACUUUAAUGGACCUUCAUGUUUUCUUGUCGGAGAAUGAACACUUCACAGAGUUUAACUCCACUGCAGCGCUCUUCUGGGAGCAAAGGGACUUGGUGUACGGAGACUGGGGCAGUGGUGAGAAUGGAGAUGGCUGCUAUGAGCAGUAUUCAGAAAUCAGUGUUCCAGAGGGAGUACAGAAUAAUGGCUCCUAUUAUAUUCACGUAUAUCUGACAAAGAGUGGCUUCCACCCAGACCCCAGCCAGAAGGCCAUAUAUCGGAGGCUGGCCACUGUCCAUACAUCUCGCAUGAUUAAUAAGUACAAGCGCAAACGGUUCCUCAAGACCAAAAAUCUUCUGACAGGGGAGACGGAGGUUGAUCCAGAGAUAAUCAAGAGGGCUGAAGAUUUUGGACCAAUUGAAAUAAUCUCUCACUGGCAUCCAAAUAUAACAAUUAACAUUGUUGAUGAUCACACUCCAUGGGUGCAAGGAAGUGUCCCGCCACCUUUAGACCAAUAUGUGAAGUUUGAUGCCGUCAGCGGUGACUACUACCCUAUUUUAUACUUUAACGAUUACUGGAAUCUGCAGAAAGAUUACAGCCAAGUAAACUCCAGCGUGACAUCACUACCAUUACGGAUUUCCUUCUGUCCCCUGUCCUUGUGGAGGUGGCAGCUCUAUGCAUCUCAGAACUCUCGUAGUCCCUGGAACUUUCUGGGAGAAGACCUUUAUGAGCAGUCUGAUGAAGAACAGGACUCUAUUAAGGUGGCUCUUCUGGAGACAAACCCUUACCUCCUCGCGCUCACUAUAACGGUUUCCAUUGUACACAGCAUCUUUGAGUUUUUGGCGUUUAAGAAUGAUAUCCAGUUUUGGAACAGUCGGCAGUCUUUGGAGGGUCUGUCCGUUCGAUCUGUCAUCUUUGGGGUCUUUCAGUCUCUAGUUGUUCUGCUUUAUAUCUUGGACAAUGAAACCAACUUUGUGGUACAGGUCAGCGUUGGCAUUGGUCUGCUUAUUGAUUUUUGGAAGAUUACCAAAGUCAUGGAUGUCAAGCUGGACAGAGAACAGAAGGUGUUUGGAAUCUUCCCCCGGUUGAUAAUAAAGGACAAGUCCACAUAUAUACAAUCCUCCACAAAAAUAUAUGAUGAUAUGGCAUUCCGGUACCUGUCCUGGAUCCUCUACCCACUGCUGGGAUGCUAUGCAGUAUACAGUCUGCUGUACAUAGAGCACAAGGGAUGGUAUUCCUGGGUACUCGGUAUGCUGUAUGGCUUCCUCCUCACAUUUGGGUUUAUCACAAUGACUCCACAGUUGUUUAUUAACUACAAGAUGAAGUCAGUAGCCCACCUCCCAUGGAGGAUGCUAACCUACAAAGCUCUGAACACCUUCAUCGAUGAUCUCUUCGCUUUUGUCAUCAAGAUGCCUAUGAUGUACAGGAUUGGGUGUCUGAGAGAUGAUGUGGUUUUCUUCAUCUAUUUGUACCAACGCUGGAUUUAUAGAGUGGAUCCCACACGAAUGAAUGAGUUUGGGACCAGUGGCGAGACACCUGCUCCUCUACAAGCCCAGGAUGGGCCAGCAAUCCUUCCCCCCUCCCCUGAAGACACAUCUCAACCCAAACCAGCAGAAGACAAAAAGAAAGACUGAUUUAUUUCUCCCCCCCCCCCCCCCCCCCCAUCCUUACAUGAACUGUUCAUCCCCCUCUGCGGGGGGUAAAUCGGCUGCUGUUUUAUAUAUAAACCCCUCCUGUCCCCAACCCUCUUUGUUGAGACGUUGUUUCCCCGUCAUGUAUAUGGGACUGGUGAAGUUUGUCUUUCUCUGCCCGCCCUCUUACUUUCAGUCAUCCUCUCUCUGCCUGUUUCCCUCUUCUCUUGUUUCCUUUUCCUCUCUCUGGCCAAACUCCCUCUUGCACUGCUGUCUCCUCUUAUAUAAUUUCGUUGUGACGUGUCUCUUUUCCUGCCCUCUCAGUCAUGACUUCUCCACGGGAUCAAUGCGUAAAUUGAGUUUAAUAAAUAAGGCCGCUCUUUAAUUUUAA